GAUGAGGAAAUGGGAGUGGCCUCAGAGUGACCUGUGAAAGAGAAACUAAAAGGAAAAAAAGAGCUGCACAGUUUUAACGGUCUUUUAUGCUGCUGGAAGUCGAGUAAAGUCUUGAUACAACAGACAUGGCCUCUCCUGCAAGUCUAAUAGCUGAGGAGAAUUUUCAUUGUUCCAUCUGUCUGAGUGUGUUCAGUAAACCGGUGUCAACUCCCUGUGGGCACAAUUUCUGUAUUGAUUGUAUCACAGGCUACUGGGACACCUCAAAUCCAUUAAUAUCAUGUCCGUUGUGCAAAGAGGAGUUUAACAUCAGACCAAAGCUUCGGGUUAAUCAUUUCAUAGCCGAAAUGGCAGCAAAGUUCGUGAAAUCAGUUCAAGAAAAGUCUGUUAAUAUCACAGAAGAAUCAGGAAAUGGAAAUGUGCUCUGCACGCUUUGCACCGGGGCGAGGCGCCCAGCCCUGCAGUCCUGUUUAGUGUGUAUGAUGUCCUAUUGUCAAAUACAUCUCGAGCCUCAUCAGAAACUUUUGGCCUUAAAAAAACACAAGCUUAUUCACCCGGUUGAAAACCUGGAGAGCAGGAUCUGCAAAGAUCACGGUGAACCUUUAGAUUUGUUUUGCAGCGUGGAUCAAAUGUUUCUCUGUGAUUCCUGCAAAGACAGGGACCAUAAACAGCAUAAGAUAGUGACUCUAGAGGAGGAGGCUCUAAUGAGGAAAGACCAGCUGGAAUCAGAAAAAAAAGACGCGAAUAAGAUGAUCGAUGAACGUCAGCAGAAAAUUUGGGAAAUUGAACGCUCACUGGAGGCUAACAAAAAUAAUGCAGCGAAGGCACUGUCAUGCAGUGAACAUGUCAUGACUGCUAUGGUGGAGUACAUUAAAAGAGGCCAAGCUGAGCUAGCGGAUGUAAUUGAGACAAAGCAGAGAAAAAAGCAAGCAGAGGCAGACGGCUUAAUUAAUGAACUGAAGGGUGAAAUUAUGCAAAUAACCCAGAAAAGCCAGCAGCUUGACAACAUUUCAGUCACAGACGACCCCUUCAGAUUCCUUGAAAGUUACCUUUCACUUACCAUCAUUCCACCUCAAGUAAAGGACUGGUCUGAUGUGACUCUUAGCUGCGACCCGUUUAAAAUGCAGGAAGUUAUGGCCUCGCUGGAGGCAACAGUCACAAGAGAAAUAAGGAUGCUCUGUGAUCCCAACUUUAAAGAAGUCAGGCGGCACGCUGUGGAACUGACACUGGAUCCUGACACAGCAAACUCUUAUCUCUAUAUUUCUGAAGAUGGGAAGCAAGUCACAUGGGGAACCCAAAGGAAGCGUGUCCCAAAGAACCCAGAGAGGUUUGAUUGUGUUCACAAUGUCUUGGCAAGAGAAGGUUUCGCCUCAGGAAGAUUUUACUAUGAGGUUCAAGUAAAAGACAAAACACAGUGGGACUUAGGAGUUGCAAAGCAAUCCAUCAACAGGAGGGGGGACAUAAGACUGAGUCCAAAGAAUGGAUACUGGACAAUUUGGCUGAGAAAGGGAAACGAGUUCACAGCCAAUACAGACCCUCCUGUAAUUCUUCAUGUGACGGAGGUACCUGAAAAGAUCGGGGUGUUUGUUGAUUAUGAGGACGGUCAGGUUUCCUUUUAUGAUGUGGACACGAGGGCUAGCAUCUUCUCCUUUACUGGAUGUAACUUCAAAGAGAAGAUCUUUCCCUUCUUCAGUCCGUGUGCUACUAAUGGGGCUGAAAACUCAGCCCCGCUGAUCAUCACUCCUGUCAGAAACAACAAGUGAGGUUUGAAGGGGUUGACAUGCCACAACAGCAGUGCAGAGAGACGGCCAUCCUGGAUGGCUGUGAAAUGCUGAUACCAAUGGAAAAAGAACACUUCAAGCAGUUUGUGCCAGGCCCCGAGGAAGCCUUUGUUUUGCAUUGUUUGAAAAGCGAUGAUAGUGAAGAGAAGUGCAAGAAUGAAUAAUGAAAAGCUACAUGUUCACAGUAUUUUAAUUACUUUCCAGUAUUAAAACCUAUAUUUAUAUGUAUCCCUGGCAACUACAAUAACUGACAGUAUUGUUGGAAUAGAAACCACACUGGUGCCUCCCUUUGUCUUAAAUGCUUGAAUUGUUUAAAAUGAGUUUAAUUAACAGAUACAUCUGAUGUCUCAUAAUGUAUUGCGCUGGAUUAUAUUUACACUAAUAGGAAUGGCAGUGUCCGUUGGUCAGCCAGGCCCUCAUUUUAAUUCAAACUGCAAUAUCUCAGCAACAGCUAAACACUGAGAUGUAAUUUGUUACAUAUCCCUGUUGUUUGUGUGGGAGUCUGCUGAUCUCCUCGCUUUUCCUCUCGUGUCAUCAUGAAAAAUAUUAUAAUUUUAAGGUACAAAUAUUAUUUAUUUGUACCUUACUUAUAACACUAAUAAUUAUUUGUAAUAAUAUGUAUUUGUUAUUUAAGUCAAAUGAGCAUAACAGAGUUUUAGUGUAGUAGCUCUUGGACCUCUCAGGUUGACAGGCUAUUUUAACAGUCUUCUGAUGUUUUCCCCAUGUUUCUUAGUAACACAAUGUCAGUUAAACCACAGGAAUAUCAGUCUUUCUAGUCAGGAAUGAACCAUUGUGAAUCCAUUUCACCUCUUUUAGUGCAAAUGAAAGUGACAACAUGUGCACUGAAGAAGGAACGAAAAGAUACCCCCUAAAACGGGAAUGAUUUUGCAGGUGGUGGCCACAGACCAUUACUUUCUCCUCAUGCCUACUGACUGAUUAUUCUCUGGGUUUGCUUUUUUCCAGUGUCCUUGUCACUACUGGUAGCGUUAAAAGGUAGAUGCACCCAAUUCAAGUUAAACGGGUAGUCCAGCUCUUCAGAAAUGGCACGGCUAUACGUAUUGUCACAAGACUGUUUGCUGUGUCUCCUAACACAGUCUGAGGAGCAUGGAGAAGACACCAGACCAGGAUAUGGUCUGUUACACAAAGAAAGCUGGAGAUGGCUAUGGAACGGCAUCAACCCAGCUGCAAAAGCUGCAUCUGCUCCUUUGUUUAUGGAGGAACACUGUCAGAGCCCUGCAAAAUUACCUCCAGCUGCCUACUUGUGCAGUUCAGAAUCUGAAUUCAUGAGCAUGCCACGAGGUCCUUUAGUGGACAGAUAUGGAUAGAGCAAUAGUCUCUGACUAUCACCUGUUAAACUAGUCCCUUCUUGUUGUUGGUUCUCAUAAGCUCCCGUUGUCACUUUCAUUUGCGUCAAAGAAGGCUGGAAUUGAUUCACAAAGGUUUGUGGUUCUUGACAUAAUGACUUUGUGUUAUACGUAAUGAUUGAGUGUUCCCUUUAUUUUUUUUGAGCAGUGCAUAAUCUCUGAUUAUACUGGGCUCUGUCAUUACACUACCUUGGUGAAGGACUGGGUGAAAAAUACAAUUACACAGUGUGCGCAGGCGUGUGUGUAUGUAGACGUGUGCAAAUGUGUUUCUGCUGGUGCACAUGCCUUUUCCUAACAGUAUGUGUAUCCAGUGAAGUGCCAAAUGUAAUGAGAUAAAUCUAUCCAUUAGGGUCCCUUAACAAGACUAAAUCUGCAGUGCUGUUAAUGAGUCGGUGCUCCAUCAGCCGUCCUCAGAGAGCCGGAGGACAUUCUGACUAAGGCUGGACGACCCCGAGGCAUGCUGAAUCAGACCCUCUAAGCCAGUAAAUCCACGGCUCCAGCUGUUGUAUUGUAGACCUUCAUUAUUUAGCUGUCUGUCCUUUUGGGAGAGACUUGAAGUUAGUAAGCAGCAACAACUUACAGGGACUGAAGUCAUGGCCAUCCCCGGAAACACUAAUCAUCUGUAAUCAUUGAUCUGCCAUUACUGGGCCUACUCAUUAGUCUGAUGGAAUAAUGCUCAGCACUGUGUUUUGACUAGGUUAUUAUUAGCCUCUCAGUUACUGCUGUAAAAAACAUGAACUUUCUGCACUUGUAGUGUAUGCUGUGGAACAACUUCUAGCUCAUGUAGCAGCACAGCACUUAGACAAUUUCAAUGAAACUGGAGUUAUGAAAAUAAAGUGUUGUUUCCUCCAGGGAGCCUUUUUCCAGUAAACAAGUCCAUCUACAGCCAUCACUGUCACACCAUCAAGCUACUGUCUGUUGACAAGCUGAAAAUGGACGAGGUGGGCAAGCAUUUCAAAUAAAAAGGUGCUUCGGUAAACUGUUAGCCACGUAGAAGUACUAUAGAGGGCUGGUGCGGGAUAACUGGAUGCAACUGGGACCCUGCUAAUUGUUUCCUCCCAGCAUCAUAGUAGUUGUAAGUGUAAGCAUUGAGAGAAGCCCUCGAUCAUAAGCUGCACUAUAUGUUUGACAGUGCUUAGCCUGCUAGCAUGUUUCUAGUAACGAUGCUGCAGUUUUGUUGCUUAGCCAGUUAAAUUCGAUGAAAUCAGCGAGUCCGCUUCACAACAUGAAGUCAGUUUCUCUGAUAACAAUUUAUUUUACAGACUUGAAAUUUUUGAGUUUUUUCAAGAAUUACACAUGGCAGCAUUGAUUUAAAUAAAAAUAUGAGCAAUCAUAGUAUUUGUUGCAGUUGGUUGUGCAACACUGUGAUUAAAUGUAGAGGUAACAACAAGUAACAACAGGACAAUGAUGCUCUUAUACAGCCUUAAUGGCACAUUUCAUAACUUGAAAACCUACAGAGUGAAAAAUAACAGCUGAGUGACUUUUCUCUCUAUCUCUAAGAUGGAAGAGACAAAAUUGUGUGGCUUUUCCAGUGACAGAUCAGAUUUGUGGUCCACAAAGGCUUUGAUCUUAAGGCUUUCUGACAGGCUUUAAUCUGAGCAGACCACACACACAGACACACACGCACAUACCUUUUCACUGAAACCACCAAGUACAAAACAGAGUCACUGUAUUUCUCGCCUGUCUGUUUGGGAAAAGUCACAAUGUGGAUGGCGCGAUGGCAAGCUGUUUUUAAGUGCUUAAUAAAUAACAAGAAAUUGCUUUUACACAGUGAAAAUAAAAUGCGAAGCCAUGGCAAACACAUCUGUUUCCCCUUACGCACAAAUUGUGGUGAGUCACGUUGUACUGUAACUCUGUGAUUGAGGCUGUUGUCACAAAGGUCACGUUUUAAAUGUGCCUGCCGCACCUUCUCUUAGUUAUUUACACUGCAUUUGCUGCCAUAGGUGCAAAUCUCUUCUACUGAAUUCAUAUUUCAGAGAGAAAUGCUGGAACGUGGGAAGCAGAGGACAUUUAAUGACAUUUAAACUACAGAUAGAAAGUAGGGGUAGAAUGAAGAGAUGUUUUUUAAUGAUUUCAAAGCAACCUUGGUGGUAUUAUCAAAAUAUAUAAAUGAAAGAUGGCUGUCUCUAAUCUAAAAGUACCACACACAAAAAAAUAUUGUUCAAGAUUUAAAUGGAUGAUACUCAAGAUCUGAUGAGUAAAACACUGUAUUUACUCACCACACUGAAGAAAAGAUGGAUAUGUGGGUUUUCGAUCCAUAUUCACCACCUCUUUAUGGACUUCUGAUUAAAAAGAACACACUAAUAAUACUUUUAAUGAAAUUGCUGAUGGUUUUAUUUGACAGGUGAGUUAGGAACUCUUGAGAUGGCUUUACUAAAAGCGCCUUCACUAAGCUGCCUGUCCCCUGAAAUAACUGAUAUUAGUUAAUUUAGAGCCCUGGUACAUCUCUGCCAGGUUGCAAAUCCAGACCAAUUAGUGUCACCUCAACAGAUGAGAACAUGGAGCAACACCUCUCUGUCUUGAGGGCCUUCUCCUUUCAGCUGUUCAUAAUGCUAUUAAUUAGAAAGCCCUUCUUGAAUUAGACAGCACACUGACCUUGAUUAAAAUAAGGCUCACUGGUGACACAUAGCACACAGACUGAAACAGUCUACAGUGCAUACUAAGGUAAUUCAUCACAGAUCAACAUGUAUGUCAGAGCCAAAGGCAAUUGAGUUUUUGAUUGGCGGGACUGUUGGCGUGGUAAAAGGCAGGUGGCAGGCUCGUGACCUUCAUACAGUCCAGACAAGCAAAGCCGCAAGCUAAAGCAAGUUAAUCAAAAGCAACAAAGAACAACUUUUUCAAACUGUCUCAAAAUAACAGGAUUAGAGUUUAUCUCUCAACACCAGUAAUUUAAUGCUGGAAGCAUUUAAUUUACAGUCAAUCAGGAAGCACAACCAAAAAUAAAGAACUCUAAUUCCAAACAGGAAAACACAUACGAGCAUUAUUGCUCAUAUGAGAGAGGGCGUCAUGAUUUUAGUGACACACAGGAGAGAAGUCUGUUUUUCUCUUCUUUCAAAGAGUGACACUCUCCUGUGGCCUGUUGGAGCUGUGAGGUGGGGAGAGUCUUUGUUGUUUGCAGAGUCAAAGGGCAGAGCACUGAGCUUUAAAGAUGAUGAUAAGAAGUCCCCUAGAUGAGACAACACAGUGAUAUUUGGCGUAAACAGAAACUAAAAACCCACUUUUGAUAUAUUGUAUUGAUCAUUUCUGCACUGGUAUAAUAUAUAUGCUAAAGUCACACAUAUAACAAGAAAAUCUUUUAAAGAUGACCUUUUCUCCCUGUUGCAAAAGAUGUCACUUAAGUUCAUUUAAAUACAAGUCUGACCAUCAUGCAUCUGAAGUAAAAGUCAUCACACAGAAUAGAUUUUUCCUACUAGUAACCAACGCAACAGCCAGAAGAGGAUAUAAUGAACUACAAAAGAACAAAUUAGAUUUAAAAAAAAAGAUAGGAAAAAACCGGCUCUGCAUAUCAAUAAAACAUUUCAAUCUUGAAAUGCUAAAGAGCUCCUAGAUCUCAAAUAUAUUAAUAUGGCCACACAGAAGCUUCAGAUGACUCAUCGUAUCAUAACUGUCUGGGCUUUAAUGCAAAUCAGCCACAUCUGCCUCACACGUUUGAGCUGAUAUUCUGAUUUAUAACUGCUUAAGCUUUCAUGCGCUUGUUUUAUUAUUCUCUUUUAUAAGAGUUAGAAACAGAACAUUACAGAUUAGUCAAUGCAGCAACUGCUUGAGUAAUAUCCAUCCAUCCACUGGCUCAUCCAGUGGUAUAUAAAGAUGUUUUUAAGCCAACCAAGAUAAACAAUCUCUCUAGUGUCCUGAGUCUGGCCUGGGGUCUGUUCUCAGUGGAACAUCUCACCUAUGAGGUACCCGGGAGGCAUCUUAGCCAGAUGAAGGUUGUGUGCCUCUACUUUGAGGCCCUGUCGAGCUCCUCCACCUGUCUCUAAGGCUGAGCCCUGCCACCUUUCGGAAGAAGCUAAUUUUGGCUAUUGCUUCUGCAAACUGUGACGAUCCGAGUGAGUGUCUGUCUUUGCACAUGAGGGCAGAGUCCUGGUUCCUCAUCUGCUCCCAUGUUCCUGCCUCUCAGCCAUUGACAAAAUCGCUACCUAGAGCUAGUGACUAUAGUUGAGGGUGGAAAUGUAUACUGACCUGUAAGUCAGCAGCUUCACUUUAACAUCCAGCUCUCGCUUCGGCACAACAUGCCAGUACAAACGAUCUGUCAAUCUCCCAGUUCACCCUAAACUCACUUGUGAAAAAUACUGAGAUACCUAAGCUUUUCAGGUGACACUCAAAGGUGGAGGGCUUGGCGGAUCCAAUAACCAGUUAUUGAAAGCGGCUUGAAUAACAGUCACAACAUUAAUUUCAAAGAGUUCCCCAAAUCCUAGAGAAUGACAAGCAGUCGUGAGAUAUCAGCUAGUGUUCCUCUGCCAAGAAUAUUAGGGAAAGCUGUCGCUAUUUUCAAGUGAGAUGAGCUUAGGAGACACUGGUCCCUGCUGCUUUGCAAUAAAUACAGAACUCAGCUCGUAAUAGAUUAUGUAUCUACUUCUCCAAGUUUCACCUGGUGUGAAUGAUAGUGCGUAACUGCCUUUUCAUGCUUUGCCAAUUUAACUGAUAACCUACAGCAGCAUGAGAAGCCAUUAC